AGUCCCACAGCGGUCGCCGUCGGAGGCGAGUGCGCGCCAAAGGCACCAGUCCGGUGUGUCACCUCGAGGCCGCCGUAGAAAAAGCGAUCCAAGCCCCUCUGUACAGAAGUAUAGCUUCUUCCUCUCUGGUUGUGUGUCCCAGUGCGGCCGCCGUCGUUGCCAUGGAGAGGCGGCCUAGCAAAGCGGCGGGAGUUUUCUGCGCGCGAAGGUGAAAAGGAAGGAGGAGGAGGAGGAAGGCAGGCAGGCAUCAUGGAGGACGAGCUCUACCUGGAGAACAUUGACGAGUUCGUCACGGACCAGAACCGCGUCGUGACCUACAAAUGGCUCAGCUACACCUUGGGUGUUCAUGUCAACCAAGCUAAGCAGAUGCUGUAUGACUAUGUGGAAAGAAAGAGGAAGGAGAGUCCAGGAGUCCAGCUGCACGUCACCUAUUUAGUAGCAGGCAACCUCGUUCAGAAUGGACACACAUGCCACAAGGUUGCAGUAGUGAAAGAAGAAAAGCUAGAAGCCAUGAAGUCAAAGCUGUCCACAGUUGCCAGUGUUCAUGUCUACAGCAUCCAGAAAGCCACCUUGAAGGAUAGUGGCCCACUGUAUAGCACAGACUACGAUAUCAUCAAGGCUAACCUGCAGAACUGCAGCAAGUUCAGUGCUAUUCAUUGUGCUGCUGCCGUUGCACGUUCUGCAGCCGAAAUGGCUCAGGUUGAAACCCCAGUGUCAGUGAACGCCCAGUCGUUGCCUGGGACAAAUGCUGCUGCCGCUGCCGCCGCCCCUGUGGUAAAUGGCCAGGCCCCAAAAGCUUCUUCAAAGCAGACGCCCCCGCAGGCCAAGGGCAUUAUGGGGAUGUUUGCAGCAAUGUCCACUGCCACCACCAAACCCCAAGAUACGCAAAAAGAAGCAAAACGGGAGGUGAAAGAGGCACCAAGUGCCUCGGCAGGAAGCAGCAAGGUGCCAGCGAAAGGAAACGUGCUAAAUAACUUCUUUGGAAAGGCUGCAGUGACUAAAGAUGGCAAAGGCAGCACUGAAGCGGAGCAGCAAAAGGAGGAGAAACCGGCAGCCAAGUCUUCAGCUUCUUCAGCGGAAGCCAAAUCGCCUCCCAGUGCUCCAGCUCUGGAGAAAGCCAGAAAGAAAUCGGAGAAUGCAAAAGGACAGACGAAAGACAAGAGAAGAGCAAAACGGCCAGAGAUAUCAGAUGACGAAGAGAAAAAAGGUGGAAAUUUGAAGAAAAAGAGGCGCAGAAUCAGGCAGCCGCAAUCUGACAGCAGUGAUGAGGAAGACGUGCCAGAGUCCCCUCUCACCCCUGAAGAGAAAGAGACUUCCCCUGAGCCCGAGCCCGAGCCCACCCCUGUGAAGCCGGACUCAGACCCCGAAAAGACAGAGGCUGCACCGGGAGACGAGAGACAGAGGCGGAACCGGAGGCGGAAACGAGUGCUGAAGUCCAGAACAUUUGUUGACGAGGAAGGCUGCAUGGUGACCGAAAAGGUUUACGAGAGCGAGUCCUGCACAGACAGCGAAGAAGAUUUCCGGUCCAAACCUCCCACGGCUCCUAAACCGCUUGCUGUGGCCACAAAGAAAGAGUCCAAAGAGGAGAAGAAGGGCGCCAAGAAAGGUGUGGCCAGCAAAGCCAACAAGCAAGCCUCCAUCAUGGGCUUCUUCCUGAAGAAAUGACCUAUUUGGAGACGUUGCUUGAGAGCAAAAUACACAUACUUACUGUGUAAGUGAAAAAACAAGACAAGGAGCCGCACGAGGAAAGUUUUUGUGGCCGAACUGAACAGAAAUAAGCUGACAGAGACAACAUCAAAUUGUCAUGUUUCAAAUGUGGGAGAUCACAGAUUAUAUGUUUUUUCAGAGCUGUCCCUGUCUGACACAAGCUGUACAAAUCCUUUCCUUUUCACGGCGUUGGAUUCACAUUACUUGAUGGAGCAAAAUUUUAUCGAUUUGUAGGAUUACCAAGCAAAAAGAGGCCAGAGGCCGGAGCAAGGGUUAUGUGGACCGCAAUAACGCAUGUAACACCGAGGCACCACAAUGAGAAGAAUAAGACAAUUGUCUUUCAUCAUUCCUCCAAUGCGUUGGGAUAUUAUUUCUGCAGUUUCUUCUUCCCGGGAUGCAGACGGUGGCAGAAUGAAUGCAUUGUUUGCAAUGUCCUGAUUUGACGUUGCAAACACCGUAAUUGUUGGACCUGACAUAAUGACCUAAGUUGCCCGCCCUGGACUAAUUUGCUUCACCUUCUCAAAUGUUGGAUGUUUUAUGAAUGCCUGGAACAACAAAGUGACUUUUUGUGUAUUGCCGAAGGCUUUCAUGGCCGGAAUCACAAGGUUGUUGUGUGUUUUCCGGGCUGUCUGGCCAUGUUCCAGAAGUAUUCCCUCCUGACGUUUCGCCCACAUCUAUGGCAGGCAUCCUCAGAGGUUGUGAGGUAUAUAAACUCCACUUGCCUAGUUUCCAACACAUCUCACAACCUCUGAGGAUGCCUGCCAUAGAUGUGGGUGAAACGUCAGGAGAGAAUACUUCUGGAACAUGGCCAGACAGCCCGGAAGACACACAACAAUCAAGUGUCUUUUUAUUUUUAUUCAAAGCAUCAACCUUACAGAUGUCGUAAAAAGUAUUAUGACACUUUGUGUAGGCAGGGGAUGCCUUCGUUGAACCAAGAGCAACUUUUUUCCUGUAAUAAACUACUUAGAAUCACAA